AGUCUGAGCCAGGGUCUUUACGCCACCAGCGAGCUAGCCUGGAGCCUCUGAGGGCGACCGCUGUGACCGCGCCACUGGCGCCGCGGUCAAGACCCCUUCCUUGCGCUUUCCUCUUUCUUGCAGACAUCAACCUACAAAGACAUGACCACCAAUGCCAGCCCUUUACACCCAUACUGGCCUCGGCACCUGAGGCUGGACAACUUUGUGCCUAAUGACUGCCCAACUUGGCAUCUCCUGGCUGGCCUCUUCUCUGUCUCGGGAGUCUUGGUUGUGACCACGUGGCUGUUGUCAGGUCGUGCUUCUGUCGUCCCUUUGGGGACUUGGCGGCGACUGUCCCUGUGCUGGUUUGCAGUAUGUGGGUUCAUUCACCUGGUGAUUGAAGGCUGGUUCAGCCUCUACCACGAAGAUCUUCUUGAAGACCAAGCUUUCUUGUCCCAACUCUGGAAAGAGUAUGCCAAGGGAGACAGCCGAUAUAUCCUGAGUGACAACUUCACGAUAUGCAUGGAAACCAUCACAGCCUGCCUCUGGGGACCACUCAGCCUAUGGGUGGUGAUCGCCUUUCUCCGCCAGCAGCCCCUCCGCUUUGUCUUACAGCUCGUGGUCUCUGUGGGUCAGAUCUACGGGGAUGUGCUCUAUUUCCUGACAGAGCACCGGGACGGAUUCCAGCACGGGGAGCUGGGCCACCCACUCUACUUCUGGUUUUACUUUGUCUUCAUGAACGCUCUGUGGCUGGUGCUGCCUGGAAUCCUUGUGCUUGAUUCUGUGAAGCAGCUCGCUCAUGCCCAGAGCAUGCUGGAUGCCAAAGCCACAAAAGCCAAGAGCAAGCAGAACUAAUGUAGGCCGAGCUCAGACACUGGCUGAUGAGGAACACUCUACCAGUCAGAAGAGUCCAGUCCUUACUCCCACAGGUUGGAGGGACAAAGGGAAUUGAUCUGGCAAAUUCCUGCUGAUGGGUAAGCACCGGAAGGGCCAGAGGCAGGGGCAAGAAAGGAGGCAUGUGGAGCUGCUGCCAGGAGGCACUGGGACAAAGGUACAGAAGAACCUAGGAGGUUCAUGAUGAUGGCAGUUUUUAGAAUCAGGAAAUAAAAGAUCUGGACUCUAACACGGAGAGAUCUUUAAUUAUUAAUCCCAGAGAUGCCCUAUGACUGACCCCACAAACCCCUCCAUCACUCAUUCAUUUCACAGACAACCAUUCUCUCAGCCAUAGACCCCCAUCAUCAUCACAGAGACCUCUAAUUUAUAACCUCCCAAACCCCCUAUCACUGGCCCCCACAGAGUCCCAUGAUGGCUAAUUAGAUCCACAAUUUACCCAUUAUCUCUUUGAAGAAGUAAUCAUCCACUCACACCCUUGGUAUUCUCUCCAGAACACACUUUCUCAUCCUUUGCAAUAUGGACAGGCUGAGAAUUUUCCAAAUCUUUGAGUUCUUCAGUCUAUUCAGCCUCUUGUCUCUUGAUCAGAUACCCUACAGACACCCCAUCAGUAACUCCACGGAUCUUUCCUCAGUCACCUCAAACAGUCCCCAUUACUCACUCCAAAGACUCCACCAUCAUUCACCCCACAGACUCACCUAUUACUACCCUAAAGAUCUCCAUCACUCACCCCAGAGACCCCACAAAACUCACACAAGACCCAUCACUCCACAUGCCCCGUAACUUGCCCCAACAGACCUCCAGUCGUACACCCUACAACCCCAUGAGUCACCCCAUAGACGCCCUCCAUCCUGUAUCACACAGACCCUCUCACUUUUCCCAGAAAUUCCCUACCAUUUACCCCAUAGGCGGUCAUUACUUACCCUGCAAACCCCUAUAACUUACCUCACAGAAUUUAUCACCUCUUACCCCACAGAUCUUCCAUCACUCACCCCACAUCCUGUUAUCCCGCAGACCACCUAGGACGUACCCACAGAUUCCCAUCAUUCACCCCACAGACCCGCCCCCAUCACUCCUCCCACAAUUUCUCUUAUUAACCUCAUAGACCUUGAGGUCUACCCAUAAAACAAAUGGGUACUUGAGGAAUUUUGAGAUGACAAAAGAAUGAAAAAACGACAAGAUAUCCAAAGACUGGCUCCCAGUGACCUGUGCAGAGCAGAACUUCAGUUCAAAUCCUGGUUCUACUCAAGCCUACAAGCGUAGCUUUUGACAAAUGCCUCAGUGCUAAAGCCAAAGCCAGACACGGCCCACCUUGUGUCCAUUGCACUUACCCUCUGUGCCACUAACUGUCCCUUUGACCUUGAGCAUGUUUCUCUCUGACCUUCAGUGCUCUCAUCUGUAAAAUUCUAAUAAUAGUACCUCCCUCAGAGGGUUUUUAUGCAGAUUAAAUCAAUUAAUACAUGUAGACUAUCUGGCAUAUACUUUGUAUUUGUUGAAUGGAAGGAUAAAUAAAUGAAUGAAAGAAAAACAUCUC